AUGCAUGGUCUGCGCAAUGGAGUCGCCGCAGUGGUACCGUCGUCGAGUCGUGGCCUUUCCCGUUGCUACGUCUCACUGAGUAGUGUCCGGGCGGCUUUUCAUGGCAUGGGCAUGCUCUGUUCCGUGAGUGCAAAAACAGAGUCCAUACCACCCGCAUUUAUCAAGCACUUCACUGGAAACAUGCCAAAGAAGGCCAUUCUCAUUGAUCAUACUGGAAACUCUUGGCCUGUUGAGCUGGACCAAAUUGGCAGCCGCUUGUGUUUUAAGUGUGGCUGGCAACAGUUUGCAAGUGAUCAUUCUCUGGAAUUUGGGGACUUUCUAAUUUUCAAAUUCAAUAGAAGUAAUGUGUUUAAAGUCAAGAUAUUCAAUAUAACUGGAUGCAUGAAGUACAAAGCUGAAGCUACGGGCAAGACUCUUCCAUGUCUGACCCCUGAUGAAGAUUCUACAGCAGAGCAGACUUGUGGUAGAUUGACUCGUGGUGGCAAACGAAAGCUUUUGCAGAUAGGUCUCAAGACCAAUGAAGAGGCAGGAGUUUCAUCAAAAGCUAAUCAACAUAAAUCAAGAAGAAUUGCUCAAGCAAAUCUUGAACAAAACAAGUGCCCUAAAGUUGCCCAAGUUGUUGCACCAAAGAAUCCUUAUUUCGUUACAUCCAUUUCUAAAUUUAUGCGAUAUACCUUGUGUGUUCGUAGAUUAGUGGUGAAUGCAUAUAACAUUAAGCUGAAGCAAGAAGUGGUAAUUCGCGGUCCGAAUGAAGAGAAGUGCCCUGUGAAAAUUGUUGAACAGUCGAAUGGUCGAAUCAUGAUUGCUAAUGGGUGGUCUUAUUUCGUAGAGAAGAAUGCUGUACAACCUAAAGACCAAUGUGUGUCUGAGUUUAUCCUCGAAAGAGGAAAUACAUGCAAAGAAAUGAACGUUCAAAUUCUUCGUGGAAAUGCAAGAUUCAAGAAGUUACCAAAGGAUUGGUGUUUGUACAGGAAGAAGGCAUGA